AUGGAGCCGCUGAUUCUGGAGAUCAAUCUCAUCUCAGCCCAGGGAUUGAAGCCCCUUUCCGCUAACCUGCGCCGGCUUCAAACCUACGCCGUCACCUGGAUCCACCCGGAGAAGAAGCUCCGGACCCGCGUCGACUCCCUCGGCGGCGAAAACCCCUCCUGGAACGACAAGUUCCUCUUCCGAGUCACCGAAGAAUUCGCGUACGGCGACACCUCCGCCGUAGCUGUCGAGAUCUUCGCCGUCGGCUACAUCAAGGACUUCCUGAUCGGCACCGUCCGAUUCCUCCUCAGCACGUGCCUCAAGCGAUCCGCGCCGCACGCGGGGGCGCACGCGGGGACGCCGGCGUUCACCGCCGUCCAGAUCCGCCGCCCAUCCGGCAGGUUCCAGGGCGUGCUCAACAUAGCCGCGGCGGCGUACCACUCCUCGCAGUACCCGGCCCUGGAGAGGGAGGCGGCGGUUAGCUUCCGCGAUCUGGUGGAGAAGAACGAGCGCAGGCUGCGGCGGCUGAGCCGCGGCGGGUCGAGGCGGAGCCAGCGGUCCUCCGGCGGGGAGUCCUGCGACUAUUCCGACGGCACAGACUCGACGUCCUCGUCCUCGUCCGCGGCCUCGACGGCGCUGAAGGAGUGGAACUGCGUCCGGGAAUUGGCGGGAAAUAGAAAGGGGCAGAAAUCAUCCGACGGCGGUGGGUUGCUCUGCGGGCUGAAGAUGCAGAGGAGGAUGUCAUUCUGCCCGUCGGAUCAGAAUCUCGCGUUCUGGGCAGAUUCUUUCCAUGAGAAAGAUUGA